AUGAAGGACUUCAUAUGGGGACGAGCCGAGGACGUGACCCGAUGCCUCAAUAAUCUCACCAUCACCAACUUCGAUGCCCUCUUCACUCUCCACAACCUCAAGUACGGCCUGGCUGAGACCUACGCCUUCACUGACAUCGCUAACGGCUUGGACGACUCCGUGGAAGUCAACACCUGCAACUUCAAGCUGCAUUCUCUUGACGUUGACAUCGAGAGUUUCAUUGAUGACAGGAUAAGUGAGUAUGCCGCCGCGCUGGACCCAAUGACUUUGGAGGAAAGGCAGAGGUUCUUCGGUGAGAGCAUCCCAGCGGCCCCUUUUCACUUCGCUCUACAGCGUCAGUUGAGCCGCUUGAACGACGCUCAUACUCGCUAUGAUACGCCAUACAGGGACUUCUACUUCGUGCUUCCAAUUCGCUUCGAUUCGUAUAUGCGUGACGGAGCCCAGGUCGUAACUCUCGGCUUCCCGAAUCUCAACGAGAUGUAUUACCCCGGCGUCUAUGGUAAACCUGUAACUGCCCAUAAGGAAGGCGAUGUCAUUGUUGAAGUUGACGGCAAGCCUGUCCUCCAAUGGAUGCAGGAUGCGGUAUCCGAGAGUGGACCUUACUUGGGGAUCUACCAGGGUCUUCUCCAGAGGCUCAAUAACCACUUCUUCGUUAGUUCUGCCGUCGACAGGAAUUUGCUACUAUUCCAGCCACCAACAGGACCACUGAGUGUCACAUUCGAUGACGGAUCCAUCGAGGAGAUAAAUUGGCUCGGGCGGUUGGGCGACUAUACCAAGUACGUGGGAGAUGACGCCAUCACCGCGCGCUUCUACA